AUGUCAAACCUUAUUAGUGUAGGUGUUAUUCAGGCAAUAUUUAAUCCAAAAAGUAGUAAAAAACCAGAAAAACCGGUAUUUCAGGUUGCAAAGGUCGCUCAAAGCGAUUACUCUUCACUACGUCCGCAAAGGCUUAAAGUAGCUUUCAAUGAUGGCAUUGAGCUUGUGCAGGGCAUUAUCCCUGUUAAGCUGGUAGAAAAAGUAAGUCGUGAUAUAAAACAAGGUCAACUUCUCAG